GGAGGCAUGAAUGAUAACAGAUGAAACAAUUGUUGACACAAGAGUUGACAUAGCUGAAAAAUUUAUCUGACUAGCAUAGCUAAAAUGAUUUGUCUUGGAUGAAUCUGAGGAUAAACGUUUAUUAUGCUAAUUAUUAUUUGACGGCUUUCAUUUCUUUUGGCGAGAAGUUAGAUGUCAACUUCCUUACAGACUUUUAAACAAAACACUUUUGUGUUAGUUAUAAAUAAAGACUGUACUUACUUUUGUCUUCGUGUCGUCCAAGAGCUCGUGCAGGCCGCUGUUGCUAUAGUUACUGUGAGGUCUGUCAGGAACGCUUUAGUGCGCGAGCGUCUACUCGGUGUGUAACUGCAUUUGGUGUGAACUUGAUCAUGUCAACUCAUCUGGAAUAACAAACGUGCGCCACUAUGGAGCUGACUGACAAUAAACACGGGAGAAAAAGAAAGGGUGAGAAGAGAGAUCUGUUCUGUUCCUGGGAAGUUGUGGAAGAUAAUGAAUUCAGCGAUGAUGAACUUUAUGGAUACCAGAUGGCUAAAGAGAAAGAUGUGCAGAAGUGCAAUUAUUUGAAUGAAAGGAACUUCAUUUUGUCACCAAAUCUAUUUGCCACGCCCAUGUCUUGUGUACCUGGACCAAACGAAGCAUCUGAUGAGGUAAACACAAGAUGGAAAUCUCAACUCGGCAUCCCCGCUAAAUCUUCUGACAGCCCUGAGGUCAAUCUUACCAAAAGUGCACCGGAACACAGCGUACCCAUAAAUCCCAGCGUAUCUACCGACUCAGUGAUCCAGAAACGAAAUAUUGUUCCCAGUAAAAACUCAACGCCAGUACAUUUGGUAGGGGUGAGUGGAGCUCUGCCAAUGAUAGAAUGGAUUCCAACGUCAUCUCAAGUGCAUCCGAGUGAGAAAACGGCCUUGCCGUGCACCGAAUCCAUGAACCGUGAAACAAGAAGCCCGCAACAAGUAUACAAAAGGGCAUCUGGUCAUAAACUAGAAAGGUGUCAUGAGGAUUCGGCUAAGGUGGCCCACCUAGGUUUGUCGUCGCCUGUUAGCGGCCUCUACGCGGACAGACCCAGGUUGGUGAUCCGGAGAGACGCCCGGUUAAACGCCGGUUAUAGAGCUUUACUGGUGCAUGGCGGCCAUGUAGAAGAAAAACUCUGCCCCCUGUGUCCCUAUAGACUCCCAGCCCUGCACAAUACCAAUUAUAGCCUGUCAACCUCCGAAUUGCAGACUUGCAAACAGGCCGUGUAUGAAUGUUUCUGUAGCUCUCUCCAACCACGGGCACGACACAGUCCUGUGAGAGACCAGAGAGAUGCCACGCAUAUUCUCGACAAGAAAGAGCGAGAGUUUUCAGAGGAGUUAAGGGAGAUGGACAUACUGUGUCAGUCUGGAUGCCAGAGGAACACAGAAAGCCCCUCUUCUCCACAUCACGUCACUUUUUCUCAUAUUCUUCAGGUCCUCCAGCGCAAACCAGUCAAUUUUCUGGAGGUCAGGGGCCAUAGACGCCACAGGGCCCUUUAAACACCACUAAGAGCAUUUAAUAUAAGAUGUCCUUCAUUUUAUAGUCUGUACACAUCAGUGAAGUUCCACAGGGGAUUAGAAUACGUUUUUAUUCAAACUUUAAAGUCCAUCCAUAUACAGUGUAAAAGGUCAUGAAUUCAAGAACGAGAUGGAUUCACAUAAAUCCAUCCACAGUAGCCAAAUAAACCAACAAUGUGACAAGAGAUCAUUUUACAGUAUAUGGAAAUAUAGGAAUCAUUAUUAAAAAAACAACAAAAUGUAAUAUGCAAGCUAUAAAACAGACCAUGAGCAAACUAAAUAAAUAAUUAUAAAUACUGUUUAGCAUAACA